CAGGUCUUAUCCUGAAAGUUGUAUUGAAAGGGAAAGGCACGGGACUGAAAAGCUCAGGCUGGUUGCAGACGCAAGGUGAGGAAGACUGUGAACCGGCUGACACAUGGAAAUUUUGUCUGAGGAUCUCUAGAAGUCAAAUCAGGACUCCUCAUCCGCUGACAACCACGUAUCAUCUUACAAAAGGCACGGCAAUGUUCCUUAUCGCUGUCUGUGCCGCUCUUGUUUCAGCAGGCUUCGCCCUGGAGUGCGAAAGGUGUUUAGCAAUCAAUACAAACACUUGUACUGGCCACUACGAGACCUGCAAGACCGCCCAGAGCCGCUGCAUGGUGACUCUCACGGAGACGUCGAUGACUGACGGUGAAAACACUUACAGCAGCGUCGAGCUGGUGAAGUCUUGUGCCAGUGCCUACAACUGCACACACCCAGCCACCCUGAGUUCUAAAGACUACAAAGUGAGAGUGACAAGAAAGUGCUGCGACCGGGACUUCUGCAACAACAACAACAUCACUUGGAACAAACCGGAUUUAACCCCUAAUGGGGUUAUCUGUGAUUCCUGCUUUUCAAGAAAUUCUGACACGUGCACUGUGAAAACGCCAAUGAACUGCACAGGAGAUGAAACUUACUGUGUCCAUUAUUUGGCGUGGAGGGAUGGAGGAGCCCACAUCAGCGUGGCCGGUUGUGCUUCAGAGAGCAUGCAGAAGUCUGAAGGCAAAGCUGCUUUUCGAGGAUCUUCCGUUACUGUCCAAAGCAGUGUCACGUCAUGGAGACAAGACACAUAUGUGCUGGGCUGGCCUAUCGGCAGUAAAGUGUGCGGGUGUGAGGAAGAUUUCAUCAUCCGAGGACCACAAAAAUAA